UUUGAGGUAGAACAAAAUAGAUGUUAUAAAAUUUGUAACCUAUGAUUGGAAUAUUUUUCAACUUAUCAAUCGAUUAGUGUAAAAAUUGUGUUCAUAUUUUGUAGAAAAUGAACUUUGAUCAUUAAGAUAAUAAACUUUUAUGGCAGAUAAUACCUAAUUUUUAACGGUAAUUUUUCAAUGAAUAAUCGAAAAGUAAGCAGCAAAGAACAAUCCGAAAAAGAUUUAACAAUGCACGAAGCAUUUAUCAAUUUAAAUACUGUUCCGACCCAUGUAAUGGCAUGGGGAAAAUGGAUUGAAGAGGAUUUAUCUAAUGAAAAAUUAAUUAUAUUAUUUAUUCCUGGAAAUCCAGGUCUACUUGGAUUUUAUAAAGCAUUUUUAGACACAGUUUAUGAACAACUUGGUGGAAAAGUACCAGUUUGGACUGUGGGACAUGGAGGACAUGAAAUACCAAACUCAACAUUACGACCCAUUCCAAUAUUUCAAUCGAAUAAAGAUCUUUACGAUUUAAAUGCACAAGUUAAUCAUAAAGCAUCCUUUAUCCGUAAAUAUGUUCCAAAAGAUACAAAAAUAAUCAUAAUGGGUCAUUCAAUUGGUGCAUAUAUUUGUGUCGAAUUAUUAAAUGAACCUGAUAUUGAAUCAAAAAUACAAAAAAGUUAUUUAUUAUUUCCAACAUUGGAACAUAUGGCUGAUACCCCACAAGGAAAAUUUUUAAAUAAAUUCGUACGUUAUUUUGUUAGUAUACUUGUAUUUUUAACAUGGUGUUUCAUCACAUUCUUGCCUUCAGUUGUACAAACAUUUCUUAUAAAAGCAUAUUUAUUCUUGACACGUUCACCGGUAAGCUUCAUCAACGAAGCAAAAUCAUUUUUAAAACCAAAUGUCGUACGAAAUGUUUUAUUUAUGGUAAUGGAUGAAAUGGAAAAAGUUAAUGAUAGAAAUGAUACUUGUAUUGAGAAAAAUCUGAAUAAAUUGAAAUUAUAUUAUGGUCAAACAGAUCAUUGGGCACCACCGUCGUAUUAUUAUCGAAUUAAAGAAAAACAUCCAACUAUUAAUGCUGAAUUAUGUAAUUUUGAGCAUGCAUUUGUUAUGAGAAAUUCUGAGGAGGUGGGCAAGAUUGUUGUUGGAUGGAUACAAGAAGACUUUAAUAUUUAAAUAUUUUUUUUAUGUAUUUAUAUUUGGGUUGGGAAAUAAGGUAAUUUCCAUGUGGGUAACAAACAUGUAUAAUAUGCAAAUCAAAUUUUUUACAUGCAUAGUUUAUUGGGUAACAAAAUACGCAAUCGCAGAUUGUUGGAUUUAAUUGUAAAGACUCGUUAUAUAGUUGGUAUUUAUUAGUUAUAAAACUCAUAAUAUUCGUACAUUUAUCAAUAUUUAUUUAACGUUGUUUUGGAGCAAAUGAUAUUUAAUGACAAAGUUUUCAAAAAUUAAUAGUCAAUUAUUCAUAUACAGUAGACCCGCGGUAACCUGACCUCUGUCUAAUUCGAUAUAACUAAAACGAUAAUUACAAUGCAGAUUUACUAUAAAUACAUGAAUUCUUCAUGACCGAAAUUAGAAAAUUAUUGAAAUCUUGUAAUUUGUCGGAUUACAAGGUAUUCUUUUUCAAAAAGUUCCUUACUACAGGGCGUUUGUGGCAGUACUCGAUAGUCCGACAAAUUCGAUAAUUCAACACCACCCUAUAAAACGUUUGUCGGAUUACCGCAGGUCCACUGUAAUAAGAAAAGCCUAUCCAAAAAUAUGAAAACAUUCCUGUUCUUGAUUUUCGUGAAAAACGAUGUUACUAGUUUGAGACUUGUCAUUACAUUGGGAAACAACGAUCAACACACUAAUUUAAGGUUCAUAAGUCGAGACUCAGAAAUGGCAACUUGACAAACUACCAUAGUAUUUAUUUAAGGCUUUUAAAUGACUGUACCCAUUUACAAAACAUUCCUGUUUUUAAAAUUUUGAGGUACUUAUCAAAAAAUUAUCACAAAAUGU